AUGUGUACCAGCCGCAAGAUCAUCUGGAGCCUGCUGGUGCUCUCGGUGCUGGAGAUGGGGCUCGGCGUGUCCAGCAUCGCGCUCGGCGCGGUGGGCAUCAGCAGGGUGCACGCGGGCCACAAGACACAGCAGGGCGACGCGUCCCCGGUGUGGAGCGGGGUGUGUUUCCUCGUCUGUGGACUCUGUGGGAUGCUGUGUGCGAAAAAGAGGACUGGCCUGGUUAUGAUACUGUUCUCAGCCUGCUGCAUUUGUGGCCUGAUCGGAGGCAUCCUGAACUUCCAAUUUGUGCGGGCACUGGUGAAGCGGCCUGACACCGUGCACUCCCUGCAUCUGGCCACCAUGUCCUUGGCCUGCCUGGGCAUUAGUAGCUGCACGCUGUCCACCUGGUUGACCUGCCGGCUGGCCAGCAGCGAGCAGCAGCGCAUGUUCCUGGAGCGCGAGCACUCGCUGCAUCAUUCUCACGAGAUGGCCGAGAAGGUAGAGGAAGAGCAAGAGGGAGGAGUGCUAGAUAACUCCAGCAACGGCAUCCCCCAAAUCACAUACAACGGACGCAGUGCAUCACCGUGA